CCUGGCCGAGUGUUUCCGGGUCGCCGCUGGCCCCGGAGUACUGGUUUCGGUCUCUUGCAGCCGGCCGGAGCGGCGAGAGCCCAGCCGGGCCCGGCUCCGGCGGCGGCCGCGGCUCCUUCUUGCUUCCCCCGGCCGGGGCGUCCUCGGCGGCAGUGCUUGGAGUACUCCGCUGGUCCAGGUGGGCAACAUGUCAGUGCUUAUAGCAAUGUCCCUGCAUCUAACCCAGAGGCCAUGGAGGAGAUAAGGUAGCCCCCCUCCCUGGAUCGGAUGGGGAAGCCCAGUUCAAUGGAUACAAAAUAUAAGGAUGACUUAUUUCGGAAGUAUGUGCAGUUCCAUGAGAGCAAAGUGGACACCACCCCCAGCAAGCAGCGGCCCGGUGGUGACGAGCACCUGCGGGUGGCAGCCUCGACCCUGCUCAGCCUGCACAAGGUGGAUCCGUUUUAUCGAUUCCGGCUGAUCCAGUUCUACGAGGUGGUUGAGAGCUCCCUGCGCGCCCUGAGCUCCUCCAGCCUGCGGGCUUUACACUGCGCCUUCAGCGUGCUGGAAACGGUGGGUGUCAACCUCUUCCUCUACCCGUGGAAGAAGGAAUUCAGAAGCAUCAAGACUUACACAGGCCCCUUCGUUUAUUAUGUCAAGUCCACGUUACUGGAAGAGGACAUCCGAACCAUCUUGAAUUACAUGGGCUACGUGCCCGAGUUGGGGACUGCGUACAAGCUCAAAGAGUUCGUGGAGACCCUCCAGGUGAAGAUGGUCUCCUUCGAACUCUUUCUGGCCAAAGUGGAGUGUGAACAGAUGCUGGAAAUCCACUCACAAGUCAAGGACAAGGGCUACUCUGAGCUGGACGUCGUGAGCGAGCGUAAGAGCAGUGCGGAGGAUGUGCGCGGCUGCUCCGACGCCCUGCGGCGGCGGGCCGAGAGCCGGGAGCACCUGACAGCCUCGAUGGCCCGCGUGGCGCUUCAGAAGUCGGCCAGCGAGCGGGCAGCUAAGGACUACUAUAAGCCCCGUGUGACCAAGCCCUCAAGGUCAGUGGACGCUUACGACAGCUACUGGGAGAGCCGGAAGCCACCCCUGAAGGCCUCGUUGAGCCUGCGGAAGGAGACUGUGGCAGCAGACGUGGGGGACGACCUCAAAGACGAGAUCAUCCGCCCGUCCCCCUCACUCCUGACCAUGUCCAGCUCCCCCCAUGGCAGCCCGGAUGACCUUCUGCUCCCCUCCUCCAACAACGGCCUUGGCCUGAUGCGCAGCACAUACCUCUCCGCUCAGGAUGACGUGGAUCUGUACACAGACUCGGAACCUAGGGCCACAUACCGGAGGCAGGACGCCCUGCGGCCGGAUGUAUGGCUGGUCAGAAAUGAUGCCCACCCGCUCUACCACAAGCGCUCACCCCCCGCCAAAGAGUCCGCCCUAUCCAAGUGCCAAAACUGCGGCCUGGCCUGCAGCUCCGCCCUCUGCCAGCGCUGCGACAGUCUGCUCCCCUGUGCUCCGGCCUCCAAGCCCAGCGCCUUCCCCAGCAAGGCCUCCACCCACGACAGCCUGGCCCACGGGUCAUCUCUGAGGGAAAAGUAUGCAGGCCAGACUCAGGCCCCUGACCGGCUGGCGCACCUCCAUUCAAAAUCCAAGCCCUCCACCGCAGCCACCUCUCGUUGUGGCUUCUGUAAUCGCCCAGGUGCCACCAACACCUGCACCCAGUGUUCAAAAGUUUCCUGCGAUGCCUGCCUCAUCGCCUACCAUUUUGACCCCUGCUGCAAAAAGAGUGAGCUGCACAAGUUCAUGCCCAACAACCAGCUGAACUACAAGUCCACCCAGUUCUCCCAUCUCGUGUAUAGAUAGAAUGGAUCUUGUACCUUCCUGCUGCAAGGGCUACACCACUGACCUUUCUGGUUUCAUGGGGAAGAAGUGUCAACGCACUGAUGUGGGAAGCAGAGACCUGCACUUGACCAUGCAGGGAUCGUGGGUUGGCUGCGCCAUGUGGGAGUUUACUUAGCGACUCAGUUAUUUCAGUCGAUAGCUGCUUUGUUGCCUGAGAAGGGAGAGGGUGGCACUUCCGUUCAGAUUCAUUUUUACUAAUCACUCCACUCCCUAGUUCAUGUCUUUUUUUUUUUGUUUUUGUUUUGUUUUUUGUUUUUGGAGGAUUUCUAUCUCUGGGACUCAAGCCACACCCACCCCUCCCACUGCAAAGCCAGCUUGGACUGGGAAGGACCCUCCAGGUCACCUCCACAUGCCCACCUGGAGCAGCAAGCUAGAGGCCUGUUGGCUUGUGAAAUGAGCCCUCCGGCCACAGUGGGCCUCUUCCAAUGGCUCAUCCCUUUGCUGCCCCCUUCCCAAAUAUAAAGAUCCCCCCCACCGGACUCCCUGCCCAUGGCUCGCCCCACACCCCCAGGUUUCAAAAGCGAACCGAGUCCAGUAUUAGCUGAAUGUCAUCCUAUUGCCGCCACAGCUCCGUUCAGCCUGUGGUGUUUGUGAACUUUGCUCCGACACAUGGAAGUGUGGACUUUCCACGGCAGAACUGACUUUCCCCCUUUCUGUUGUUUGCACAUGCCCUUCUUACUGUACUGUACAUAGAUAUUUUUGAGAUUUAUUUUUAAAUAAAUAUUCAACUUGCUGUGCGUUUCAAAGUGGUUAAAACGUUAAUUAUGUAGCUAUUUAUAAAAAUGCCCCGGGUUCUUUAGUCUUCCAAGGAAGGGUCUCGUGCUCUUCUGUGUUGUGUCUUCCACUGACCCCAGCCCGAGGGUAACGCAGAGUGUGGGGGCAGAGGAGGAGCAGAGACGAUGUCCCUGAGUCGGAGAGCCACUGUCUUCCCUACAAUAAAUCUAUACACCUACCUCCAGUGUGCACUUCGGGGGCGAAUGCGGGCCGAGAGCUCUGUGCACCUGCAGACUGAUCACCUAGUGACGAGUCAGGAACCUCACCUGGGAUCUACAGCCUGGUCUUUGCCACUUGCCAAGUGUGAACCUUGCACUCCAAACUUCUUGAGUCUCGUUACAGAAGGAAGCUCGUUCGAGAUUCCCAUCGCAGUCCUCUCUUCUCCUGUUUCCAGGACUCUGCAAUCUUUUUGCACUAAAAGUGGGCAGGAGUUGGCGUGAGCGCAUCAGACAUGUCUUCUGAGAUUCUCAGCUGAGCCUAAGCGCUUCCAAACCCGGAGGCCCCUUAAACUCCUCAUGCGAAUGACUCGAGCCCCAGAUUCUCCUUCCGGGGUACAGAGCAGGAGUGGGGCAAGAGUUUGAAAAUAAAACCGCUUCUUUGUGAACUAAUAAUAUAUUUUAGCCAUAAGUGUUUGUGAUGUACAGAAUGUUACAGGAAUUGACACGCAGUGGGCUUUCCAGUGGAAGGUUUUCAGCUCUUGAGCAAAUUUAAAUCUGGCUGAAUCCUGAGGCCACUGCAAUUUGCUGAUGUUCUUCCAGCUCGAAUGAUUAUAAGGUUUUUCAAAUCUUCUAUGGCUCUUUUUUUUUAAAAUAUAUAUAUAUAUCUGGUAGAUCACAUGUAGAUAUUCAGUGUAUAUAUAAAGCUGAAUUUCAACCAACUUUAUUACUAAGACCACCCCGAUCUGGGGCAUUCAUCUUUGUUGUUCUUCCUUUUCACAUUUCAGAAGUGUCAAUGCCUGUCCCACUCCUGAGAGCUCUAGUUUUCUAGUUUUCCAUUUCCAGAUCGCUCCAGCACUACAGUCACUCUUUUAAGCAACUGUGAUGCCACGUAACUCACAGAGGACAAAAGCAGGAACUAACUCAUCCUAGGAGAGAGAGUCCAGUGUGCGCAUCAUCACGGGAGUCCGGUGUUUGUGGACUGGAAUACGAAGUGCUCUGACCGUGCUCCUCCUCGGUGUGCAUCUUACUGUCUGAGGUUGCUGUGAUUGAGAUCGUUGAAUAUAUGCUAAUUUAAAGAUGCAGAUGUUGUGCAUUUGAUUUCUACCAAGAGUUGAAAUGUCGAGAGAUGGUUUAAAAAAUAAUAAUAAAGUAUGUUCCAUUAUUAAAUAAA